AUGGAUGCAGAUUACGAAGGAGGAAUGCCAAAUUGUACUUAUCGAUAUCCGUUUCCACCGGAAGAGGAUACGAUUUCAGCGUAUGCUCUGUUGAUUGAUGGACCAUGUACAUGUCUAGCCGCAUUACUCUCACUAAUCGGAGCGAGAUAUGCCAUCAAAUUUCUGUGUCGAGCAGGUCUCAACAAAGAACUCACAGCAGCUCUCUUCGCCCUCUGUGCAAUCGAUUCAUUUCUUCUUCUCACUGUUUUCUUCUUCUAUGGAAUCGAAGCAAUGUCUUUGUUGUUCUUUCGAACAAAUAUCAUGUACGAUAAACAAGAUUUCACCUAUAAUUUACAUGGAAUUGCGAGCUCUUUGACCACCGCCUCGACAACACUAGUGAUCUAUAUCACCUUCCUACGCUUUAUGGUUGUUGUUCGACCUCUUCGAUUUGCCACGAGUAUGGCAUCAAAUCACAGAAGAACUGGAAGUAAAGCAGUGCGAAAAGGAUCAGCACAACUAGAUGACUCCGUCACGAACACCACAUUUUCUCGUGGUACUUAUAAUAGUUCAUCGAUCAAAAGACACUUCAAUAUACGAGAAGUAAUUCGCCCUUUCUAUACACCUUUCCUUUUGAUUCUUCUCAGUUUCUCUGUCAACAUUCCAAUUUUCUUCGAAUUCACAACCACAAAAUGUUUUGAUGUCGAGCAUAAUGUGGAGGCAACGAAUCCAGAGCCAACUGUUUUUCGAUCAUCGUUUGCAAAAUACAAGGCAGUGUUGAUGACAUUGACACAAACGAUCGGGCCCGUUUCCAUUAUUUUGGUACUUUCAUGUCUAACUGAAUAUAAAAUUCAUGUUAGUUUGAAAGCGAGGAGAAAGUUAUUCGAAAGUCAACAGAGAAGUCGAUCCGUCGUUUUGAGUGAGGAAUUGAAAGAACGAGUUUCGAGGACUGUUGCAGUUUUCAUCGCCGUCAAAUUUCUUAUCUUCAGGACAAUGCCAAUUUUCUUUGACGUUUACGAGAAUCUCUAUGGAAUUGACGGAUGGGGUACUGUAAUGAGUAUAAUGGUGAGAGUGUCCGACUUCGGAAUCGUUCUUAACACUGCCACAAACUCACUGGCCUAUUUCGGAAAGAAACAAUGGAUCGAGAAACGUCUCCGUCUGCGACUAAUGAAGAAAGAAGAGAAAAGAAAUGCCAAAGCGACGCUCUCUGUCCAUGGAAACUCUCUAAACGCCUCAAUGAAAAAGUCGUCAAGUCCCCCGAAAAUUGGUCUACCACAUCCGUUAUCAGCUGAGAAGACACCGUUGAAUUCUAAAAAUAUCUACCCAGAGAUGGUUUGA